UUUUAAAUUCAAGACUGAAUAUGAACUUUUGGCUGGUGUAGGAAUCUGAGUGGACAAUCUCCCAUACAAAUCAAUUUUCCAGCAGCAAGCCGUGAACUUCGUCAUCCAUCAAUCAUCCUUCUUCCAAAUCCACAACCUCAACUCAACAACACCCACUCACGUAAAGGAACCACAAACAUCACAACCAAAACAAAUCAUGAGUGAACCAACCCUACAAUCCGUCAUGAACGAGCCAACUCAACAACAAACCGGGCAGCCUGAUCCCAUACAAAAUGCCCAAACACUCCUUAGAGCAAAGGACGACACCUCCCGCUUUGUGGGCCUCGCCCUUCUCAAGUCAGUACUCGACAACUCGGAAGAGUUGAGAAACAACCAAGAGGCAGUCCGCGGUCUCUGGAAGAGCGUUCCGUCAAAGUUCCUGGAUCGGCUAAUCAAGACCGGCUCGCGUCAGCAGUCCCAGUCCGAAGGGGGAGGAAACAAGAAUGCCCGGGACAUGCUAGAUUUGGCCGUGGCCAUCAUCCACACCUUUGCCGCUCUGGUGCCCGAAGACAAUAAACGAGACUCGCGGUUUACCGAGAGGAUACCACAUUUGGUUGCGUGUCUUUUGAACUGUUCAAACGAGACAACCAAGCUGGUCCUAGAAACCCUCUCAGCCCUCGUCACCACGCCAGACGGCGCCAAAGCCUUCAUCGCCCUAGACGACGUCACCACUCUGAUCGAAAUCGCCCCCUCUCAGCCCUUAGUCCUCGACAUCUUCUUCUAUGCCUGGCUAAACGCUACGAGUUCAUCCGUCUCCUCCUCCGCCGAGGACAAGGACCUCCUGCGAACCAAAAUCGACCACACCAUCACCGCUCUCGUCUCCUCCUUCAAAGGCACCGACGCCGUCACCCUCCUCGACUUCCUCGCCAACCUGCUCCCCCGUCUCGAGCCCCAAGUUUCACCGCAAAACCCUAAAUGGCUACCCACUCUCAACCUCUUCAUCCGCAACCUCGUCUCCAGCCGGCCUACCCCCGCCGGCCGCGCCGCUUAUACCAACCUCUCUGCUGCCCUACUGGAAGUUUACCCCUCGGUCGCUCCGCAACUGCUCUUCACCGAUGACCCCUCCGGCAAAGGCACAUCCAAAGCCAACAGCCCAUCCGACGACAACAAACCCUUCUCGUACCUGCUCAUCUCCAUUCUCCUAAUCGACAUCCGUUCCACGGCCCCGACCCUCUUAUCCCAGCUCAACAGCCCUUCCUACCCUCAAUCCUCCCGCCGCCUAAGCUCCGCAUUCAACAUCAUCUCCCACUACCUCGGUUUCCUCCUCCGCUCCCUCGACCCUUCCUCCUCUUCCGACUCCCUCCUCCCGGACCCCACCUUCCUCCUCAAACUCCGCACCUCCCUCUCCGAGACCUUCUCCCUCACUCUCGAAUUCCUGCGAGACCGCUACGACGCCAGCGUAGCAGGCGCCAUGGGCCUGGACCCGUCCGCCCGCUCCUCCACCGCCCAUGACUCCGCCUCGGGCGCCUCCCACCUGACUCUCUCCUGGGAAAGUAUGAAAGACAGCGUCGAGCAAGACCCCUUGAUCCUCGCAGCCAUUCGCGCACUGGCCAUUUGGUUAAGGGAAGACGACAACGAGCAGCUCCGCAAGGAAGCCAGUGGAUUAGGCGACUUAUUCAUUGAUCUAUACCGCCAUAGCUGCCACCCUCCCGACCCGACGAAAGGCGAUAGGUUGGAUUUCCGAAGACCAGUGUUGAUGGCGUGGGAAGGGCUGGUGGAAGAACGUAAGGGGGUUGAAAGCUUCUUGGCGAAUGGGGGGUGGCAGGCCUUGGCUGAUGAUUUGGUGGGGAUCCUUCAGUCUACUACUACCAGUACUUCUUCUUCUUCUUCUGCUUCGUUGUCGUCUUCUGGGGAAGUAGUAGUAGUGGACGAAGCGGAAGCAGCAAGGGGUACAGAAAUCGUUCGCGUGCUACUGCAAGUUGCUGAACUGGAGAGGCCUGGACCAAAAGAGGAGUGGUUGGAUUUAGUCACCAAGGUGGCGGCGUGGUAUAUUCCCGAGGAGGAGGAAGGCGAUCAAGACGUGGAGAUGGUAGGCAAGGAAUCGAAGCUGGUGGUGUAUGAGUUCCAGGUUGCUACGCUGCAGCUCGUUACGGCGUUGUUGGCGGGCAGUCAUCCGGGGGUGCAGAGACGGUAUGUGCAUUCUACCACCGCGGUAUUGGGGAUUGCGAGGGUGCUGAUGGGGAAGGUAAGGAAGGUUGGGGAUGGGGAGCUGGUGGAGGCGUUGGAGGAUGUGUUGGCGACGUUGGGUGGGUUGAGGUAGAUUGGUACAUCGUGUGGGUGGAAAGUGAUGGGACAGCUGGAAAUAUGGAAGAGGGGUUGGAAAUAGGGAGACUGAAAGAUACCCAAUUCAUUUUAUUCCGUACCACUGAUGCUACCCCUCA